UUAAGUUGUAAAAAAAAUCCACCUGUCAGUCCUUUCCCUUAAUAGCCUAUUUUGAACGUCAGGACGCUCAGUACGUGGGGAUUCCUAAGGAUUACCCAGUGUACCCCGCGGGUAAAGAUGGCGAAAGAAGAGGGUAGGAGAUCAACUUUAUCCGGGAACAAUCGUUGCUGAAUGUCGGGUUGAGAGAGAAUACACCGUUAGUUGGCGAGUGUGUAGUUGCUUAAUGGCUAGCCACCUAUUUCACUGUCAUUUCGUGAGUCCAGACUACGCAACGUGAUCGAAUAAUCGAAUUGUGCCCGUGCACGAGCUUCCUUCCUUGCGACCAAACUGCAGAGUCCGUCCUGAGAAGAGCGGAUAAAGUUUAUUACGGAUCUGACUCAACCCUCUUUUGACGCUGAUUUUUUUGUUGUUGUUGAUUAUUUGGCGUAACAGUCGGACACUAUCUAAACAGGUGGAUGUCCUCCCCUUCCUCAUGAGGAGCCUCCACUGUUCCAGAAGAAAGGGCCUUACCUGGGAGUACAGCAAACGUCAACAUGUAUUGUUAUCAGUAGCCCAGAGGUUCACAUGCCAAGAGAGAGAGGACGAAGAGGAAACGAAGAGGGGACACACUCAGGGCGAUGAGUCUGGAGCACGCAGCAUAUACUCUUAAAGAAUGCCUGUGACUUAGGAACCUGUGGAUGAGGACAUCGCUGGAAUAACUUGGGAAUAACAGAACGGACAGACAGACGGACGCUGAACGCCAAGGAUGACGAGCGCUGCCCCGGCCAGGAAGCCGUACCGCAAGGCUCCGCCUCAGCACCGUGAGACACGAAACAGCCUGCCCUUGUUUCGAGAGGACCUUAGUGGGAGCACGCUGCCUGCCCACACCGCUGGCCCCAACCUGCCUGACCCCUGCCAGGACUCCUUAUCAGAUGCAGACAGGAUCAAGAUCCUGCAGCAACAGAAUGAAGACCUGCGCCGGCGGCUCUCCCACACCACCCACAAGAUGGAGGCCAUGGAGACGGAGUUUGAGACCAGCCGCCACUACAUGCGGGAGGAAAUGGGUCGUACCCGCGACGACCUGGAGAAGAUGAGAGACAAGUUCCGCAGACUGCAGAACAGCUACACUGCCUCCCAGCGGGCCAACCAAGACCUGGAGGAGAAGCUUCAUGCCCUGCUCCGUAAAGUGGAGAGGGACAAGAAGACAAUGGACCAGGAGAUAGUGGAGCUCACCAACAAACUCCUGGACGCCAAGAACACCAUCGACAAGCUGGAGGAGUUGAACGAGCGCUAUCGGCAAGAUUGCAAUUUGGCCGUGCAGCUGUUGAAGUGCAAUAAGUCCCAUUUCAGAAACCACAAGUUUGCAGAUCUGCCCUAUGAGCUGCAGGACAUGGUGAACAAGCACAUGAAGGCCAGUUUGCCGGAUAAGAGUUCCCAGGGGGCCCAGGGCCAGGACUCCGACACCAUGAGCCUGACGCCCGCCGACGUGGUGCCCACCUCAGUCAUUGCCCGCAUCCUGGAGAAGCCUGAGCCUCUGGUGCUCAACUCUGCCCAGUCCAGCAGCAGCGCAGGCCGGCCCCAGGCAGAGGACGUGUUUGUGCAUGUGGACAUGACUGGGCCCCAGGCAGGGGGAGGGGGUAGAGAGAACGGGGGUCCCGGUCACAGCAGCAGGGCCCCAGCCCAGAGCAGCCAGGCCCAUGAGCUCCUCCAGCAGAACGGCAUGUGUCAGAGCCAGAGCAGCCUGUCAGCAGACGGCCAAUCAGGAGAGGAGGGUCGAGAGGGUGGUGCCUUCGAGAAGCUCAACCCCUACCCAGCCCCCCCUCCGCCCCACCCCCUCUAUCCCGGCCGCAAGGUGAUCGAGUUCUCCUCGGACGACAAGGUGAAGAUCCCCAAGAACAGCCCCCUGCCCAACUGCACCUACGCAACACGCCAGGCCAUCUCCCUCAGCCUGGUGCAGAACGACGAGGAGAACGAGCGCCAGCGCACCGUGCCAAACAGCCCUGCUGUGUCGGACGGUGGCUGGCGAUCUGGGACGUCCUCCUCCUCAGGGGGAGGGGGGCAGCGUGACCCCUGCCGCACCCCUACUCAGCUGGACACAGCAGACCCUCUCUCCAACCAGUCCAGCCCCUUCAGCAGCCCCCCUCAGCCCCCCAGCGCCUUUGCCAGCUCAGGUAGCUCCGAGGAGGACCUGCUGGCCAACUGGCAGCGCAUGUUUGUGGAGAAGAUGGCACCAUCCUCUGAGGGCACCCUGGUCAACCGCACCUCCUUCAGCAGCGAGACGGUCAAGGACCUGGAGAGGACCCGGACCGGCAAGCCAGUGGGCGGGGGUUCCGACAGGGGGGCACUACGGGGGGCCUACUCAGACGGGGAGGAGGGGUCCUCCACCCGCAGCUGGACAGCAAGCCGAGAGUCUAGCCUGGACACUGACACCAGCAGCAUGGCUGACCUCCGCACCAGGAGGGGGCAUUAUGGAGCAGACUUCUCCACAGAGGAAAGCGAGCAGCUGCUGAUGGCCCUGGACCCACUGGACAACGACCGAGACAACACCAGUGGUGACACCGUGUCAACGGCCAUCACUGUGGAGACCAGCCCGGCGGAGGCCAAUAGGAAUGAUUUUGUGGACGAGACUGGGUCUGUAGGCAGUUCUGCAGAGGAGAGAGACAUCCUGCCACAGGACUUCCCCGUCAAAGCCCCCCGGGUCCUGGCAGGGCUAGAGGACUACACAAAGAACACCCCUCCCCUUCCCGCAAACUCCUCCACUUCCACCCCCGGCCGACCCCUGAAGAGUGUAAAGAGGAUGGGAGUCCACCACCUGCACCGCAAAGACAGCCUGACCCGGGCACAGGAGCAUGGUAACCUGCUGGACUGAGACUAGGGGACUUUACUCCUCUCACUUCAUCAGUCAUCUGACAGACUAACUUUUCAAUGGUCUGUGGACUCUUUAUCUUACCAGAAAAGAGAUGAUUCGUGUUGGUCCUUCCUUUGUCCAUGCUGCUGUCUCUCAUGAGUUUAGUCAGGAAAUACACACAUUCUCUAGUAACCACAUUCAAGAGCUGACUGUUCUUUAAAAGAUAUGUGCGAUGCCUGGCUGCCGGUUGAAUGGUAAAGAGCUGACUGUUCUUUAAAAGAUAUGUGCGAUGCCUGGCUGCCGGUUGAAUGGUAAAGAGCUGACUGUUCUUUAAAAGAUAUGUGCGAUGCCUGGCUGCCGGUUGAAUGGUAAAGAGCUGACUGUUCUUUAAAAGAUAUGUGCGAUGCCUGGCUGCCGGUUGAAUGAUAAAGAGCUGACUGUUCUUUAAAAGAUAUGUGCGAUGCCUGGCUGCCGGUUGAAUGGUAAAGAGCUGACUGUUCUUUAAAAGAUAUGUGCGAUGCCUGGCUGCCGGUUGAAUGGUAAAGAGCUGACUGUUCUUUAAAAGAUAUGUGCGAUGCCUGGCUGCCGGUUGAAUGGUAAAGAGCUGACUGUUCUUUAAAAGAUAUGUGCGAUGCCUGGCUGCCGGUUGAAUGGUAAAGUUUGCGGUGUUCUUUCCUUCGUUUUCCACUGUAAACCUACAAUCUCCUCCAGUAGCAGAACAAAGGGUCCUACAGGGGUUUCUGAAUGAGGUUAGUUUUCUGUCUCUCAAACACUCCAAAAGUGUUGCAGAGAGGAGAAUGGCGACAACAGGAGAUAGCCAUGCAGGGUCAUUUCCUGUGUGUAAACAUCCAGCCAGUGUGUGUUCUCCUGGAACAGCCCAGACGGUGCAACGUUUCAUCUCGUGUCUUGAGAUGAUCGGCGAUAUGCAGGAUGGAGGGAGUUGUUGCCUUCUCCCUUGUUUGUUCUCUUUUACCCUGGAUCCCCCCUCCCCCCUAGAGAAAUGAUAUGUCAUGCAGGAAUCUGAUAACAGGAGAACUUUACCUCCAUCUCUGAAUGGACGAAUGGUGAAGAGGGCAAGCACUUGCAAGCGCAUGCUGUUGUCUGGUGUGAGUGGAUGGUGGAACGGACCCCCACACAGACUCUCAGUGCCUAUCCCUCUCUGUCUGAGGGGGUUUCUAACCCCCCAAUUCCCAGAAAAUAUCUAUUCUGAUGCCCCUCUGAAGCACCUGAAGUGUGCAGCAGUCUGUUGAGCACCCACUCUUAAGGGCUCUCUUUUCUGUAAUUGGUCAACUACACAAGAACUAGGAAGGUCACCCUCAAUGAAUUCCUGAAAUUGUCGGUCUCACUCAAGUUUAUUUUCUCAAUAACACAUAGUUUUCAUUGAUUUAUCUUUCUAUUAUCGUAAUUGUUACCUUUUUCUAUUUCUUCAAAUCGCUUCUUCAUGAAAAUAAUUUUGAUUUUGACAUUUCGAUUUUUAUGCAACUAUUUUAUGGCUGAGGUCUGGACAUAAUAUGCCGUUGAUGAUCGAGAACAGUCAAAGUAUUUCUACUCUUUCACUUUUGUUCUGUUAUUGAUCUGUCAUUGGAUUUAGUCAUCUAUAUUUUCAUUUCAAGAAACAAACAGGCCUAUAGUUCUAUCGUUAACUCUGGUACUUUACAUGGGGUAUUACAAAGGAAGACCUAAAUGGCAUGAAACACAGUGUUUUUCAGAAGAACCACGACAACCUUCAAGGCAUUUUUGUGGAUGUGUUUUGGAAAUAUUCACUAGGCCCUGGGGGGGGGGGGGGGGGAUAAUUCUCCUUGAAGAUGCCUUCAAUUCUCAUUGUGUACCACUUCUGUUAGCAAUGUAUUCAGUAACAACAUGUUUCCAGAAUAUCAAAGUGACAAGGAAUAAUCGAAGGCGAAAGGUCUGCAUGGUAUGACAGGGCUGGUUGAUGAGAUUUUUGCUAUUUCUUUACCGUUGACAAUUUCCUGAUCAGGAAAGUAUUUGUGUUGGUGUACUACCCAGUCUCCGUUGUAAGGGUUCACAGAGGAUGUUAUACUAGUAACUAGUGUGAAGAGGAGAAUGAUUUGAUAUGUUUUCCUCUGUGUUCAGCCAACCUUUUAAGUAUUUAAUCAGUGUGCUUAUCAGAUGUCCCCACCCCUAGAUAUUUUGGUGGAGAGAGUUCAGAUCAUUUGAAAAAAUGCAAAGUUUUAAUCUUUGUCCCUUUCUAAAUACAAUACCUAAUCUGGAAU